CUCAUUUGCAUGGCAUUCGCGCGCGGCGACACCGGGAGCGGCGGCGCUGGGAUGGGGCGGAGCGGCGCGGCGCUGCGCCUGGCGCUGGAGGGCAACAUCGCCGUGGGCAAAUCGACGUUCCUGCGGCUGCUGGGCCGCGCCUUCCCCGCCUGGCAGCGGGCGGCAGAGCCGGUGGCGCGCUGGCGGGAGGUGGCGGCGGGCGCGGCGGAGGGCGGAAAUCUCCUGCAGCGGCUGUACCGCGACCCGGCGCGCUGGGCCUUCACCUUCCAGACCUUCUCGUGCCUGGGCCGCCUGCAGGCGCAGCUCGAGCAGCCGGAGGGCCCCGUGCGGGUCUCUGAGCGCUCCGUGUACAGCGACAGGUACGUGUUCGCCAAGAGCCUGUUCGAGGGCGGGCAGCUGGACGCUCUGGAGUGGGCCGUCUACCAGGAGUGGCACACGUUCCUCGUGGGGCAGCUGGGCGCGCACACCGCCCCGCACGCGUUCCUCUAUCUCCGCGCCUCCCCGCAGGUGUGCGGGAGGGAGAGGAGGAGGAAGGGGCCGGGAAAGCGGUGCGGGUGCGAUACGCGGCGCUUUGCUUCGCAGAGAUGCCUGGAGCGGCUGCGGUGCCGGGCGAGGCCGGAGGAGCGCGACGUGACCCUGCAGUACCUGCAGCAGCUCCACGCGCAGCACGAGCGGUGGCUGCUGGAGCGCAGCGCUGAGGUGCAUUUCGCAGAGGUGAGGCACGUCCCCGUCCUGGUGCUGGACGUCGAGGGGGACUUUGAGCACGACGCAGCUGCGCAGGAUGCGCUGAUGGCACGGGUGGGUAGAGGAUUUCGUGAAGGCGCUGCGAGACGGAGCUCCACCACAACACCCCGAGGCCAAAUGAGCCCCGUGGCCACGAGGAUGGGCACACAGCUGGCACUGCUGCUGGGCCCUGAGCUGCACUCCCUGCAGCAGCACUGUGCGUAUCCACGAGGCCGCUGGGAGCUGCAGCUCUACACGUGCCACAGAUUCCCCCCCUACAUCUGUUCUGCAGCACAGGGUGAACAUGCUUGGGUCCAUUCCAAUGGAAAACAGAGAAGAAAAAAAAAAAAAACAAAGCAAAAAUCUCUGCUUUUAUUUGUGUUUAGGGUACAACAAAAUCCAGAUGCUUUCUUGUUUGUUUUUUCUUUUUAUUUUCUCCUUGAAACCAAAAGCGUCACGCAGCUCUUUUCUGCCUCGAGCAAAGGAGAGAUGUGGGGGCACCUCACUGUGCAGAAGAUGAGAUGCACAUAGAAUCCCCCCCCUCCAUGUCCACUGCUGGGGACAGGGCCUCCUGGGACAGACAGCAGGCUCAUCUCUCCCUUUCUU